GCUUCCUUCAGACGUCAGCGCGUUGCUGGUUGGUGAGGGUCUCUAUACGCGGCUCGUUGGCUGGAGACCAAAAGUAAAGAAAAAUGACCACCCCAAGUAAAACACCACCUGGAGAAGAUCCAAAGCAGCUGGAAAGAACUGGUACCGUGCGAGAGAUAGGCUCACAGGCUGUUUGGUCCCUAUCCUCUUGUAAACCAGGUUUUGGUGUGGAUCAGUUACGUGAUGAUAACCUGGAAACAUAUUGGCAGUCAGAUGGAUCUCAGCCUCAUCUCGUUAACAUUCAGUUCAGACGGAAAACAACUGUGAAAACCUUAUGUAUUUAUGCAGACUACAAAUCUGAUGAAAGCUAUACACCAAGCAAGGUCUCUGUCAGAGUGGGAAACAACUUUCAUGACCUUAAAGAAAUGCGGCAGCUAGAACUCGUAGAGCCCAGCGGAUGGAUUCACGUUCCACUCACUGAUGUCAACAAGAAGCCAAUUCGUACAUUUAUGAUACAGAUUGCUGUACUAGCCAAUCAUCAGAAUGGAAGAGACACGCACAUGAGGCAAAUUAAAGUCUACACUCCAGUGGAAGAAAGUUCAAUUGGCAAAUUUCCGAGAUGUACCACCAUAGACUUCAUGAUGUAUCGCUGCAUUAGAUGACCAUACAUUACAGCAAAUGUUGUUUCGAUGCACUCUGAAAGGGGCUAUGGUUUUGAUUUUUCUUUGUUAAUUGGUGUAAAAAUCAUUAGUUUUAAUACAGUGUGGAAGAAAAUGUUCCAGAUUGAAUGGAGGCAAAAUAAAAAUGAUGCCUCAAGCCA